AACAUCACAUUGCAUCCAACUCUCCUUCUAUCUACAUAUCAUUUUUUAUAUCAUCAUGAGAUUCUUCAUCUUCGCUACAGUUCUAAGCGCUGGUUUCGCUACCGCCGUACCUAUGCUUUCUGAGCAACAUUCCGAUUCUACUCUAAUCACCGAACGCAAGAUCGCAAUUAGUCCUGCCAAAGAUGACCCAGCAGUGCUUGCAACUACCCCAUCUGGACUCAAUGGAAAGCGAGACCCCGAACCUGUUACUGCAGGUGCUGUUGGAGCCCGAGCUACUGAGGUAUCGAGCGUACAGCCAGCUCUUGUUGCACAACGGGGGUUUGGAGAAAUCACUCUUGGGAAGGAUGACCCAGAGGGACUUCGAGUCUCUCCUGGUCGACCUGGCAAUGGAAAGCGAGUCCCUGAACCUGCUCCUAGUGCCAUUGUUCCAGUCCGAGCUAGUGCCAUAGCGAGCGGGUCACAGCCAACUCAGGUUUCACGCGAGAUCACAGACGUUAACCCUGCCAAAGAUGACCCGGUGGGACUUUAAAUCGCUCCAUCUGGACCGGGACAUUGAAAGGUAAUGAGACAUAAACACUAGCGUCUAUAACCAACGUCUAGUAGAUUGUAGAGAUCGUACUUAUGUAGGAAGGUUGGAUCUUAUCCGUCAUGCAAAUCUGCUUGUUCUGGCCGGUGCUUUGGAGGCGUACUUUCCUGCUCUCGCUUAUCCU